UCCUUAUUCCUUCCUCCGCAUGAUCUCGCUGUGAGAGAGAGACCCAGAGACACAGAGAGAGAGAGAGAGGAGAAGGAAAGGGUCGUUCUCGUGUGAAGGGUUUCGCCUCGCCAAUCGGAUUCGGAGGAGGAGAUUGUUCUCUGAUCGAAAUGGCCUCGAGACCCAUUGUUCCCGUGCAAGCGAGAGGCGAGGCAGCGAUCGGAGGAGGAGGAGCAGGUAAGCAGCAGAAGAAGAACGGCGCAGCCGAGGGAAGAAACCGCAAAGCCCUCGGCGACAUUGGCAAUCUUGUUACAGUUCGAGGCGUCGAAGGCAAGGUUCAGCCUCAUCGCCCCAUUACAAGAAGCUUCUGUGCACAACUACUGGCAAAUGCACAGGCUGCUGCGGCUGCUGAAAACAACAAGAAACAAGCCGUAGUUAACGUGAAUGGAGCGCCUUCCAUUCUCGAUGGACCUGGAGCAGGCAAAAGAGCGGAGCCUGCGGUAGCGGCGGCGAAAGCUGCUCAAAAGAAAGUAGUUAAACCGAAACCAAAGGUCGAAGUUAUCGAUUUAACAUCGGAUUCAGAAAAAGUGGUCGAGGCCAAGAAGAAGCAACAUCAUGAGCCUGCGCAGAAGGAAGGAGAGAAAUCAUCGAGAAGGAACAUGCCCACGCUCACUUCGGUCCUCACUGCUCGAAGCAAGGCAGCUUGUGGGUUGACCAACAAACCCAAAGAGCAAAUUGUGGACAUCGACGCGGGUGACGCCCACAACGAGUUGGCUGCAUUUGAAUAUAUCGAAGAUAUCUACACUUUCUACAAGGAGGCAGAGAAUGAAAGCCUGCCCCGCGACUACAUGUCGUCGCAGCCGGAGAUAAACGAGAAGAUGAGGGCGAUCCUGGUGGACUGGCUGAUCGAGAUCCACAACAAGUUCGAGCUCAUGCCCGAGACCCUCUACCUCACCAUCAACAUCAUUGACCGCUUCCUCUCGGUGAAGGCGGUCCCGAGGCGGGAGCUCCAGCUGCUGGGCAUGGGCGCUCUCUUCACAGCCUCCAAGUACGAAGAGAUCUGGGCUCCUGAGGUGAAUGAUCUGGUGUGCAUCGCGGACAGAGCGUACAGCCACGAGCAAGUGCUGGCCAUGGAGAAGACGAUACUGGGGAAGCUGGAGUGGACGCUCACCGUGCCCACCCACUACGUCUUCCUCGUUCGAUUCAUCAAGGCGUCGCUUGGGGAUCGCAAAUUGGAGAACAUGGUGUACUUCCUAGCCGAGCUCGGGGUGAUGAACUACGCGACGCUCACGUACUGCCCCUCCAUGGUGGCGGCGUCGGCGGUGUACGCGGCGCGGCUCACCCUCGGCCUGACCCCGCAUUGGAACGACACGCUCAAGCUUCACACCGGUUUCUCCGAAUCACAGCUCAGGGAUUGUGCGAAGUUGUUGGUGGGGUAUCACGGGAAGGCUAAGGAGAACAAGCUGCAGGUGGUGUACAAGAAGUACUCGAACCCUCAGAGGGAUGGCGUGGCUCUGAUCCCACCGGCCAAAGCUCUGCUUUGCGAAGGCGGUGGUCUGUCAUCUUCGACGUCGUCGUCGACGUCGUCUUCUUCUUCAUGAGGGAGGGACGAAAGGGAAGGAGACGAGAGACGAGUUCACACAGCUUUUGAGUUUGUUCUCGGCCAGAGAAAACAUUUUGUGACUAUUAUUGACUCCCUUUGUUUCUUUUUUUUUUUUAACCGGUCACAGAUUUGUGACUUCUGUUUGAUUGGAUUGGUUCAAUUCGUUGGAUGUCGCUGCUGUAUAAUUGGGAACCAAAAAUAUAUGGAGUUUUCAAUUCAAUAUUGCACCAAGAAGUUUAGCAAAAUGAAAAUAUUUCUUCUUC